AAAAACUUUAAAUGUGAAGUUUCUGUACUUGUAACUAGAGGUUUUAACUUGCAGGUUUUGAUGUUUCAAUUGUAAAAUCCGCAAUUACCAGAGGCGCUUUCAGUUAAAAAAUAUAUAGUGUGACCAAGGACACAGACUGUGACACAAGGGGAAGAAAUUCCAGUACCUUCAUUUCCCUUGGCUGUCCUGCCCGUACACUCACCUGUGUUAGGAAGGGACUAAGGCUCCUCUAAGCCUUCCCCUGCUCUCCAGGUGCAAUGUGUCAGCAAUUAGCAAAGGCCUUAAAUGUGAGAGCAGGAGUGAGGUCCUGCCUUGCACUGACUGUUGGCUUCACAGAUGGAGGCACUCCUGCAAGAGCUUAGCUCAGCUUCCAAGCUCUUAACUGAUUUUAAGGAGAUGUAUGAAUAUGAGACCCGCUUAAAAACCUUCACCAAGUGGCCCUUCCAGGAGAACUGCAAGUGCACUCCAGAGAAUAUGGCAAAGGCUGGCUUCAUCCAUUGUCCAAGUGCAAACGAACCAGAUGUGGCAAAAUGUUUCUUUUGCUUGUUAGAGCUGGUGGGCUGGGAACCAAAUGAUGACCCACGGGAGGAACACACCAAACGUCACACCUGUGAAUUUUUAUCCCUUCCCAAGCACUUUGAUGAGCUGACAAUGGAGGAGUACUACAUGCUGGAGAUGGCCCGGCUGAGGACCUUCAUUUCCAAAAUUGGCAGGCGCACAAUCAGCUCUUUUCAAGAAGAAGUCGCGGCAACGAGGCAGAGGCUGGUGGAUUACUUCGGCUGCAGACCCCAGCUCCCGGCACCGCCGCCUCUCGGGGAUGAGCCCGCAGAACAGCAGCCAGGAGGCUCAACUGCCGGGCAACAGGAGCCCAGCACAAGUGAGAUGUGAAACCUGACUCUGAAAGCGUCUCUUAACCUGGUGCAGGCAUUCCUCUCUUUAUCUGAGUGCGAAUCUAGAGCUGCACAGGUGUGUGAGGAAGUGUAUGCAGGGAAUUGCUCUCAGCCUCUCUGGAUCAGAGGAGUGAGUACACACAGGUUAUGGCCUGUCUUUCACUGUGUGCUUUCUUGGGAUGGCUGGGUGGGCAACUAAGAGUAG